AUGGGUCUCGCAGAUUUUUUCACUGACGUCGUUUCCUCCCUGGGCUUCGCCGAGGCCCAGGCUGACGCUCCCGCCGCCGACGUCGAGGCCACCCAGGACGAGACCACCGAGAAGUCCGAGGACUCUGCCGAAGAUACUCCCGAGGAGUCCGAGGAUGCCGAAGAAGAGGCUGAGGAGGAAGAGGAAGAAGAAGAAGAAGAGGAGGAGGACCCUGAGGACAUCAAGCCCAAGCUUGAGGAGGAGUGUGCCAACUCCGCUCAGUGCGCCCCUGCUAAGCACCACUUUGACCAUUGCGUUGAGCGUGUCACUCGCCAGGAGGAGGAUGCUGACUUCAAGGGUCCCAAGGAGGACUGCGUUGAGGAGUUCUUCCACCUUACCCACUGUGCUACUGCUUGCGCCGCCCCCAAGCUCUGGCGCGAGCUUAAAUAA